UUCAUUUUGACGUUACAUUUCUGUUUAAUUUUUACAAUUAAUUACAUUUAUUUUUGUUAAAUUCAUCAGUGUAUCAUUUUUAAUAGUACAAUAAUUCUUAGAACUUUUGUUAAGAGUUUAAAGUGUACGAAUUCCAUUCUCAUAACUAAAAAUAAAGUUUGGAGUUUUAAUUAGCUGCUUACGUGUGUAAAAGUUUAAUUGUAGAUGCAAAUAAUAAUGCAAUAAAACUCCAUUUUUGCAUUCCACGAAAGAUGAACAACGUAGAUAUGAAUAAGAAACCAGGGAGAACAGGGCCAAGGAUCCGCAUCACGCGACCAGCGCUGCGAAGGACUCCAGAGGAGAAUUUACAGCAAAACCUGGAUCCAAACUUUAUCUACACAUGUCCAUAUUGUUGCGUUAAAUUCACGCAGAACAGCCACUUCUUCCGUCACAUGACGUCGAAUCAUCAGCUGCAACAGAGUCAAGCGACAUACGAAUGCAACGAUUGCCAAAUAAUAUUCAAAAAGAAAAGCAAUUUGGAUAUCCAUUGUCAGACCCAUCAUCAAGUUAAAAGUAAGUCGAAAUGCGAGUCGUGUUCGAUAACAUUCAAGUCGCGAUAUUGUUUACGUCGUCAUUUGAAAUUGAAGCAAAUAUUGGCGGAGAAUUCGUGUGUGAAAUGCCAAAAGAAAUUUACAAGCAAGGAUAGGCUGAACAAGCAUUAUAAUAGUAAACAUACAUACAAACAUAUUACGUUUGAAUGUGACUUCUGUUCGUUGAAAUUUAGGGCGAAACAGUCAUUGAUGAGCCAUUUGAAUCGCAUUCAUAAGAAAUUAUGAUUUUUGUAAGCUUAGUUAAUGUUAAACAUUAUUUUAAAGUCUAUUAAAUGACCCACAGUAAAAAAAAUUAGCUCCAUAAUAUCAUAACAUGAUUUUAUAUUCUAAUAUUACACAAAACUGCUGAUUCUUUUCCAAUCUUAUCAGAUAUUAUUAUUUCAAGUGCUGUCAAUACUACUUAUCGUUUAUUUUUUCUUGUAAGAAAAAAUAAUGCUUAAAUUCUGUACUAACUAACAUAAAUAGAAUUGUGUGUCAACAUUUAUUUAUGUAUUUAUUAAUGUUCUUGCGUACUUUAUAAAUUAUUUAAUUUUAACAUUUCAUUAGUAAAUAAUAUUUACAUUUAGAUUCAUAAAUAGUGUAUUAAACUUUUUUUUUAAUAAUAUAUGAAGUAUGUUAGAAUUAUGAAAAUGAUUGAUUUUAGCAUGUAUUUUAAAGUUUUAAAGUUCAUUAUCAGUUAGCCAUAGUAAAAACAUAAAAACAAUUAAAUAAAGUAAAAUUUGUAACAAAUAUUUAUGAAUAUAAAUGUUUUUAUAAUAAAGAGAUUAUUAAAUAAGUAGUGACUGUAGACAAAGCUAGCUUACAGAGGUUGUCAUCGUACUUAAUACGUAUCUAAAUGUAUUAAUAUCAUCUAUACUAACAAUAUAAAGCUGAAGAGUUUGUUUGUUUGAACGUGCUAAUCUCAGGAACAGUAGUUCCUAAAGAAAGAACAGUAGUUCCGAAAGAAUUUUUCAAAUCGAACAGUAGGUCUUCUUUCGGUGUUAGAUAGCCCAUUCAUUGAGGAAGGCUAUAGACUAUAUAUCAUCACGCUACCGCAACCAAUAGGAGCGGAGCCAUGC